AGUAAUAAAUAACAAAUGGCUAAUAAUUAGCCGUUUGAAAUCAAAGACAAAAAAGCCAUCAUGAAGAGUGUAGUGAUAUUUUUUUGUGCCAUAGCUGCCAUCACAGCUCUUCCCUAUGAUCCCAUCAUCAGCAAGCGUGCCGAUCUCCGCUAUCAGCACGUUCAGGGUCCUGAUGGACUCCAUCUCGUCGAUCUCUGGAUGAAGGCCAGUGAUGUAGCUGAGGCAGCAAGAUACAACCCCGAGAGACAAAAUGUGUAUCAUUUAUUCACCAGGCAAAACCCCACAGUGAGUCAGCCUCUUCUUAUCGGUAGUGUUGGACUCCUAGGUAUCACCAACUACAACCCCGCUCGUCGGACAGUGGUGCUGCUGCACGGAUGGCUCGACAAUGUCGGCUCCCCUUUUAAUAAUGUACUGGUUCCUGCUUUCCUGUCAGCUGAGGAUGUCAACGUUAUCGUGGUGGACUGGAGUGCUGGAGCUGGUUCCAUAAACUACCUCGCCGCUUUAGCUAACACUGUGCCUUCUGGUGAAAGUGUUGCCAACUUCAUUUCUUGGUUGAAUGAUGUCACUGGCGCCGUCCCCAACAUGUACCACAUUGUGGGGCACAGCCUGGGAGGUCACAAAGCUGGUAUCGUCGGCAGGAACCUGGACGGCAAGAUCGCUUAUAUUACUGCUUUGGAGCCAAUGAAUGCUGGUUGGAACACCAACAACAACCGCUUCGCUGCAUCUGAUGGUGUUUACACUGAGGUCAUCCACACCAACGCUGGUGUCCUGGGCUACAUGAUGCCUCUCGGAGACGUGGACUUCUAUCCCAACGGUGGGAUUAACAUGCCCGGCUGCGACAACCAGGACUGUGACCAUGCUAGAUCCUACUUCUACCUUGCCGAGUCCCUUACUCGCGGUGGUUUCACCGGUCGUCGCUGCGCAUCUUACAUCACCGCAAUGACAGAGAACUGCAUGCUGCUUGGAACCCUCAGAAUGGGAGGUCUCGUGCCUAAGACUGGACAAUCUGGUAUUUUCCAUUUGAGGACCCACGCCAGCAGUCCUUUCUCUAUCAAUUAAGAAAAAAAA